AUGGUAAUCAAAUUACCAGAAUUGAAAUUUGAUCACUGUCAUGGAUCUGAUAUAAGUAAACGUGGUUAUACAUGUUCAUUAUGGCUUUUAUUUCAUAGUAUGACUGUUAAACAAGCAAUACUUCAUGAACAAAAUCUAUUACCAUUAAAUGUUAAACCGUCAGAUAUGUUUUUAUCAAUUCGAGAAUAUAUUCGUAAUUUUUUUCUUUGUGAAGAAUGUGUUAAGAAUUUUCUUAAUAAGACAUCGAAUGCAGAAAAUCAAAUAAAGUCUUUUAAAGCAAAUGUUUUAUAUUUUUGGCGAGGCCAUAAUAAAGUAAAUGAACAUCUUCGAGGUGAACAAAUUUCAAAUGAUCCAGCUUGGCCAAAAGUACCAUUUCCAACAAAGCAACAAUGUCAUUCAUGUGUUCGUCAAAUAGAUGAAAAUAAUGAUGCUUUAGAAUAUGAUGAAAAUGAAACAUACAAUUAUUUAAAACAUUAUUAUGAUUUACAAAAUAUCGCUAGUCAAAAAUAUUUAUCUAGUAAAACAAAUACAGCAAUAAACCUACAAUAUAAUCAUUUAUUAUUAUUUCUCUCUACAUUUUUAUUUAUCUUCUGA